ACCCAACUCACUCACUCACAUGGCGAACCUCGACGGCCCUGUAUUGCCACUUUCUGGGUCGCUUUAAUACCUCCGAAAGAGUACCGUGUAAUUCGAUAACAAGAGACGCAGUAAGUAUGAAUGUAUGAUGUCUUCGGGCCACCGUAAACAGUGGCCUUGCUUCCACGCCUGGUUGAUUCCCUGCUCUCCCGGCGCUAACAACGCAGUUGCGAUUGAACAGGACUUUAAAGUCGAAGCGGAUAAAACGUUUGCCAAGUAUCACAAUGAACUCUUUCACGACCCUGCUGUGUGUCUGGACUAUAGGAUCAGUUGCCUCAUUCUCAAACAACGAGUUCGUCUCUGGGGAUGUGAUACUAGCAGGGCUAUUUUCUAUACAGUCCCACAAGGAUGAAACAUGUGGCGCCGUGGUUCCAGAAUCUAUACAAGCAUACGAAGCGGUCCGAUGGUUCUUCAGAGAAUUAAACGACAGGAAUUAUACCAAUGCUGUUAAAUUCGGUCUCCACGCCUUCAAGACAUGCGGGGAUCCAUCUAUGGCUGUCACAGCAACUCUAGAUAUUCUGGAGACUUACAAACAGAAACAGAUAUAUGGUAUCAUUGGACCUGAAUUUAGUUCAGAAACCCAAGACGUGUCUCGUCUGCUGAGUUCGCUCCCGGAGCGUGAUCGUCUGCUGCAGAUCAGCUAUUCCGCCACCGCCGCCAUCCUUGCUGACAAGAGUAUUUACAAAAACCUGUACCGGGUCAUAGAAACGGAUGACGUACAAGUUGAUGUUAUGUUACAACUCUUGCAAAAGCUGAAGUGGAACUACAUUGCCAUCGUAUAUGAAGCCGACACCUAUGGCAGAGAAGGGGCUCAUGCACUCAAAACUAAGGCAGAAGAAAACGGCAUAUGUGUACCGCAAUACGUUUCUAUAGCAACAGAUGCCAGCAGCGACGAAUACAGAGCAAUAUUUGACUCAAUUAAACGAAAACUGGAAAUAGAAUCAGAAUCACCAGUGCUUGGUCUGGUCUUUUUUGGUCAAGCUGAGACUGCAAAAAUCAUGUUUGAGUUUCUUAACAUCAAGCUCAGCAACUUCCAGAUGAUAGUAUCUGAGUCUGUUGGUGAAAGUGAGUCUUAUUUGAUGAAGUCCGACGGAAGCGUGUACCCCUUAGCCAAGGGACUUCUCAUGCCAAGUCCUCCAUACUAUGAUGUCACGCUAUUCAAAUCACACUGGCAGUCGAUUCACACCAAUGCUAUUGCAAUGUUAGAAAGCAUACAAAAUAAUGAUUGGCUGUUGAAAUACAUGGAACAAGUAAGCGGGUGCCCUUUGACAAAUGCAACAGAUAUUUCGCUAACCUGUCUUCAACAGUCCACAGCUUCAGUACCACGUAUUUCCAUCUACACCAACUACGCUCUGAUGGCCGCAGCCGCAUUUGCAAAGACGUACAAGACCUUAUAUGAGAGGAAGUGUCCUAAACAAACGGGUAUAUGUAAAGAGCUUGAGGAUUAUAUCGCCAACAAGGCCAAAUUUACUGAGGAAAUGGCUUCAGUAGAAGUCAACUCUGCCGCUGAGUUUACAGAGCUGUCACCCUUUCGGUUAAAGUUUGGAUUCAAGAACGGAGAGAUUUUGUAUAAGGAAAGUGGAAACUACUCGACCUAUAUCGUGUACAACUACCGGAAAUGCAACACUGGGUUUUGCAAUGUACAGGUUGGUGAUUAUGUGGCAGCGGACCUUACCUUUUUGCCAGGUGUUAUCAAGUCUUACAAUGACAAAGGAGAAGAGAGCUCUUACCCUGUUCAGGCCCAGUGUCAAGAAACCCGCCACUGUUCAAAAUGUCAAGAUUCAGGCAGUUAUGGUGAAGUAUUAUACAUACCAGGAGAUUUUUAUGUUGUGGGUCUUGUACCAAUACAUGAUCAGGGUGCAGGCCCAAUGCAGUGUGGUCAACUGAGAACGUCAGUCAGUGUGGACGUGGCUGAAGCUAUUGUAUUUGCUGUCAAUCGUGCCAAUGCAAAAAGAGAUAAGUUUACUUCACUUCUUGGGAGCAAAACGAUUGGAUUAGUAUUGUUGGAUACAUGUAACACUCCCUUGAUUGCCAGGGAAAGAGUUACACGGCUUCAUAGGGGUAUUUUGAGACUAACUGAGAGGUUAAACAGUUCAAGUGUUGUUGAUAAAAUCAUUGGAUAUAUUGGUCCCUAUGGGAGUUCGUUAAGUGUUACCAUGUCCAUUUUGAUGACUGAAUUAGACAAACUGUUCAUUUCAUAUGCUUCCACAAGUUCAACUCUGAGCUCAAGAACUUUACAUCCCAAUUUUAUGAGAACAUGUUCUCCUGACCAUGAACAGGCUGAUGUAAUUAUGUACCUUGCCAAACAGAUUGGUUCUACCUAUGUUCAAAUUAUACACACUGAUGAGGAGUACGGUACAGCCGGAUUAACCUCGUUAUUAGCUUCUGGGAUAAAAUACAGAAUCUGCGUUGCCCAGACGCUUGCAGUCAAAGAAGGGACAAAUAGUGACUUGUUCCGAGGUUACGUGUCCGAGUUGAGGAGGUUUCCGCAUGCAAGACUUGUUGUGAUAUUUGUCAGAUCUCACAUUGCAAAACCUUUAAUGACGGCUUUGAGCGAGGAGAUGAACAGUGCUGAGUUCGUGUUUAUUGGAGGUGAGAGUUGGGGAAAACGAAGUCAAGUGGUAGAAGGUAACAAUAAAUUACUUGGAAGUUUGACUGUUGCUCAGGAGCUGCCGAAGAACCAAGCAUUUGAAGAAUAUUUUAGCAGUGUUGAUGGGUCAAAUUCAAACAACCCGUGGCUUCAGUCAUAUUUAGAAAUAACAUCCAAUUGUUAUUUCCCAAUGAGUUAUAACAAACGGUAUGCAUCUCCAUGUACCCCUGAAAUGUUGGCCAGGAACCGCAAGACAGACACGUGGGUACCAUUUACUAUUAAUGGUGUGUAUUCCCUGAUUCUUGGAUUCAGUACAACUUUAGAAGAGAAGUGUUAUGGUACUUACACCAUGUGUCCAGAGUAUUCUACAUCACGGUUGAUCACCAACGUUAAAGACGUUCGUCUCGACAUCUAUAAUGAUGGUGGCAACAUCCGUGUUUUCGAUGACAAUGGUGAAGGGAGCGUUGGUUACAAAAUCUCACAGAUUGUUCGGGACACUAAUCUGGUGUAUAAGGAGGUCGGCUUAACAUCAGAUGAUGGGAUCCAGUUCUUCAAGACACGCCUCAGUUCUGAUGCUAAUUUCGCCACCACUUGUCAGAAUGAUGUUGAGUGUGGAAGGUGCAGCGCACAGUUCACGGACGCAGUGAAUAGUGAUGAAAGCGGAGACCGUUCUACUGAAAUUGGUCUAGGUGUGUUUGUGGCACUGUUACUGGUUGUUAUCAUUGGUCUACUCGUGGUAGGGGUACUGUGCUGGAGGAAGAGCAAAAGACCUGAUAAUAAAGAAGGUCCUUACACAGAUGUCUACCUGCACCCCGUGAAUGAACCACAUUAUGACAGUGUGUCCAGCGUCCAGUUGCAAGGUACCUCGAACUCUGCUUCCGAUAACACGGGCUUCAGCGAGGACAGAAUCUCUGCCUCUAACACAGAGAGCUAGCAGUCCUACACGUGCACAGUUGUUAUUUGAAGAUGUUCAGAUGAAAACAUUGUGUAUGAACACGUAGUGCCAAAUUAUAAUGAUACAGUGUUUCCCUUGGACAGUGACAUGUGACAUGGGGCACUCCUUGGAGCAUAUAAAUUGCCAUCAACACAGGUGCUGGCACAUUGUUCAUUCCUCAGUAUGAAGAAGCUUGUGCCAUUGCAGAUAAGUUGAUAACUGCCACGGACAUGAUCCAGCCCGUAAGAGACUAUAAUCAUAAGCGGAAAACGUGUGGUUAGUUUGUCAGCGGACGUCCUGUACACGUGUUAGUAUAGUUCAACCAAGCAAGGUCAAGAAUGGGCAAGAGGUCUACGGCAUUUCUAUUGUAUUCUAUCGAUACAAUACGAUCGAUAGUCGUCUGAAGCACCGCAAUUAAUUAACUCCAGAAACUUGUGAUUGUGGGUUCUAAACCCGGUCGUCUAAGGCGCCGCGAUUCCCUUGCGUCUUGGGCACGCCUAAAAACAUAAUCGGGGCGAACCGGGAUUCGAACCCACAAUCAUAGGUUUCUGGCGUGCCUAAGGGACAUAAGUUGAAUGCUGUCCAAAGAGGCCUUAAAACUCACUCACUUAAACUCUGAUACAUCUCAAUUGAGCCUUUGUGUGAUAGAGCUCGAGGCAUUGUAUCUCUAGGCGUAAGGUACCAGUCUAUUGUGAAUUCCGGUGAAUAAUCUCCAUAAAGUUUAAAAUGUAAGAACGUGUGUAAACAUAUUUCAUUCCAGUACCUACAUAUUUAGUAUGCACCUACAUGUUCAUAACAUGUUAUUAAUUAGUUGUUGUUUGUUGAUUUUGUUUGUUGUUUAAUGACGCACUCAGAAAUAUGCAAAUAUUGAUUUGUGCUUGUCUGACACUAAUAAAGAAAUAAACAUA